AUAACCUUCUGCUUUGUGUUUUCAGCUCGACCAGUUCUUCUGAAACAGCAGGAAGUACAUAAGACAGCUCACGAGGGAGACAGCAUCAUCCUGUCCUGCAACCCUCCAAAGAGCUCCACUCCUCCGCACAUCCACUGGAUGGACUUGAACAUGGUGCACAUCAAGCAGAACGACAGAGUGAUGGUCGGCCUGGACGGGAACUUGUACUUUUCAAAUCUGCUGAAGAGCGACAGCAGAGACGACUACGUCUGCAACGCCCAGUACCUAGUGGCCAGGACUAUCCUCCCUAAUACGGCCGUCACCCUCACUGUCAUGCCCAGUAAUGACGUCUCUAAUGCCAGGAAACCCCACCUCUUCCGUCCCAUUGGCUCCCACACCUCUGUGUUGGCCCUCAGGGACCACAGCGUCACCCUUGAAUGUAUCCCCAAAGGCCUACCCACGCCGAAGGUGGAGUGGAAAAAGAAGGACGGCAGCCUGGACGAGACGAGCGGCCUCGUGGAGUCCCACAACCGUUGGCUCCACUUCGACAGCAUCACCCAGAACGAUGACGGCGAGUACGAGUGCCGGGCCUUCAACAUCCACGGCUCCACCGCGCACUCCUUCACCCUCACCGUGGAAGCCUCUCCUUUCUGGGUGAAGGAGCCUCAGAACCUGCUGUACUCUCCCGGGGAAACCGUGCGACUGGACUGUCAGGCUGAAGGCAUCCCGACCCCCAUCAUCACCUGGAGCAUCAACGGUCAGCCGGUCACAGAGGUGGAUGAGGACCCUCGGCGGAGCGUGUCGGGGGGUGUGUUGAUACUGAGGGACGUCGUGUUUGCAGACACCGCCGUGUAUCAGUGCGAGGCCACCAACAAACACAGCUCCAUCCUCCUCAACACCUACCUCUACGUCGUCGAGCUCCCUCCUCAGAUCCUGUCCUCUGACGGGGUGGUGUACAGAGUCACUGAGGGCGGAGACAUCAUGCUGCACUGUGAAUCCUUCGGCUCGCCUCGACCACACGUCACAUGGGAGGGGGAGGACCGGCCUCCUCUGCUGUCGGACCCUCGCGUCGCCCUGCUGACCAACGGGUCGAUCACGCUGUCCAGCGCUGGCCAAGAAGACGGCGGAGAGUACACCUGCUCCAUCCAACACAGCAACAUCUCCGUCACCGCUCACCUGGUGGUCUACAACCGGACCGUGAUGCUGACGGGUCCGCAGGACGUGCGCGUGCUCAGAGGAACCAGCGCUCUGCUGGACUGUCGCUUCUACAAAGACCCUCAGCUGCUCAAGUACCAGAUCGUCUGGAGGAGAGACGGACACAAGCUGCAGGAGUCGUCACCAGAUGACAAGUACACGUUCUUUGAGAAUGGCACCUUGAAAGUGUCGGACAUCCAAUCAGACGACAGCGCGUCUUAUUCCUGUGAGGUCUUCACUGACCUGGACCACGUAAAGGCCAGUGGCUCCAUCACUGUCGUAGCUCGACCAGACCGUCCCAAAGAUCUGUCUCUGUCUGAUGUUGACGACCGCAGCAUCACUCUGAGCUGGAUCCCAGGACACACACACAACAGCCCCACCACAGAGUUCAUCGUGGAGGUGAGGGAGGAGCAGCACAGCGAGGAGGACCGGUGGAGCUGGGGGAAGCUGAAGAGCGUUCCCGGGGCCUUCAACCACGUGGAGCUGAGCCUCGACCCGUACUGCACCUACCGCUUCAGGGUCAUCGCCGCCAACGACAUCGGCCUCAGCGACCCCAGCAAGCCCUCGGACCACCACAGCACGCCGCCGGCCGUUCCUGCGAUGAACCCCAGCGGUGUGCGCAGCGAGUCCACCGACCCAAAGACUCUGACCAUCACAUGGGAGGAGAUGGACAAGCGCUCCCAUAAUGGCCAGGGCUUCCAGUACAAGGUGUUUUGGCGGAAGGCCGGAGGGACGGAUGUCCGCUGGAACCACGCCGACGCACAGGCUCCGCCCUUCUUGCUGAACAACACGGGGACCUACGAGCCCUUCGAAGUCAAAGUCCAGGCGGUGAACUCACUCGGAGAGGGACCGGCACCGGAGCCAGAGAUCGGACACUCGGGAGAGGAAGAGCCAGAGGAAGCUCCCACUGGAGUCUCCACAGCCGUGAUGAACAGCACCAUCAGAGUCCAGUGGAACGAAGCCCAGAACGUCCGAGGUCUGCUGCAGGGAUACAAGAUCUACAUCAGGAGGUUGGGUCCACGCGGCGGUCGCGUCCGGAGGUCUCUCGGAAAACUGCACGGGGAGAAACAUAAAGAGGGCAAGCUGGAGCGAGGGAAGGAGAGCGAGAUGGAGAGGAAGUUGGAGGUGGUGGUGGUCAACGGCACGAAGACCUCAGAGGAAGUGACGGGGCUGCAGCUGUAUAUGCGGUAUGAGCUGUCCGUCACCGUCUUCAACAGCAAAGGGGAGAGUCCUCACUCCCCACCGCACCACUUCAGCACCCCAGAGGGAGCGCCUGGUCCUCCGGCAUCGUUGAGGUUUGAGAGUCCCUCAGAGAAGGUCCUGAUCCUCUACUGGACCCCUCCAGAUGAAACCAAUGGCGUCCUGCUGGGAUACAAGGUCCAGUUCCAACAGGAGGUGGAGAGCAAAGACAGCCUGUGGAAGAUGGAGACCAUCAUCGACCCCAGUGUGACUCACUUUGAGCUGGACUCUCUGGACCCCAGCAGCCAUUACAACUUCCACGUGAUCGCUUACACCGCCGCCGGAUACGGACCUUCUAUCGCGCGAAGUGGCGCCACCCUGCUGGAAGGAGUUCCUCCGUCCCACGUCAGCAUAGUUCCCAGUAACACGUCGCUCAACCUGAGCUGGGUGCCCGGAGAGCGAGACAGGAACCACGGCUUCGUCAUCCGCUACCUCAGGAAGAGUCCCGGGUGCGAGUGGACGGACUCGGAGGUGGUGAACUCCACGCAGGGUUUCUAUUCGCUGACAGGCCUCCAGCCCGGAUCCCAGUACCACCUCAUGAUCAAACACGGGAACGACACUCAGUGGGAAAACACGACGUGGACCGUCGGACCAG